UAUAAAAGUAUUUUUGAAAUUAAUACAUCAGUUUGUAAUAAUGGCAGUUUUAUUACAAAGUUUGGUCGUUCUGUCGAUUUGUGCGGUCUUAAAUGCCGCAGCAUGUAAUAAUGUUGAACAAACUAAUAAUAAUUGUGUAGCAGAUUCAUGGGAGCAGAUUUUUCGAAGCCCUUCAAGAUCUUCAAUACUGCCACUGUUACGUUACAAAAAUAAAUUGUACUACAUGGGCGUCCAUUUUAGGGCUAAUUGGUAUGAAGCUUUACACUUCUGCGAAUCUAUUCACAUGAAGCUACUGUCAAUUCAUUCUGCUGAUGAGAACCAAAUAAUAAGUAAAUACGUUAAAGCAGCAAAUAAAGGAACCACCGAAUUCUGGACCGGAGGUACCAGGCUAGUAGACGGCACCAACUUUGUGUGGAUGCCGUAUGGUACCCGAGUGGAAUACACAAACUGGUCCGGAGGACAGCCCAGUGAUGUGAACGAAAAAUGCUUACAACUGUGGGGCUCUUCUGAUAACCUCACUUGGAACGACAGAGAUUGCAAUUUAGGUUUGUUUUUUAUCUGCGAACGAUGCUGUGAAUCCAACACUUGUCCACCAGGGCUUUAAGUUUUUUGUACUUCUGCUGUUUAAGAUGUUUUAAUAAACUACUAUGUAAUUAGA